UAACACAUUCAAAGCUCCACUCAUCUCAUUCUAGGUGACAAAAUCAUGAGAAAGAUGAAUUCUUAAUUAAAACCUUGGAUAACAAAAGAAGAAUUAAGCCCAAAAAGAAAAGGGAACAUCAAAGCAAGAAAGAAAUUCAAAGGAUAUUAGAGAUUGAGAUUCCUUUAAGAAAAAAAAAAGAAAAGAAGAAAAAAAGAUACUUGAACUUGACUCAUCUCAUUCUUCAUCUUCAAACUUGGUAGAAAAGAAACUGAUAGCACAAAUCUCCCAAUUCCAAAAAAAGAAAAAAAAUGGCAUUAUUCUCAAAUUCCCUCUCCCAUGGCGUUCUUCUAAUUAUAUUACAACUCCUAACAUCAUUCCUAUGUGUGAAAUCAACAUGCCGAACCUCCUGUGGCAACAUUCCGAUCCAUUACCCCUUCGGCAUAGACGACGGCUGCGGCAGCCUUUAUUACCGUAACCUCCUUUUCUGCACAGAUUCCGACAAAUUAGAGCUCCGAACACCCACCGGAACAUACCCUGUUUCCGCCAUUAGCUACUCCGAUCCCUACAUCCUAAUCUCCGACCCGGACAUGUGGACCUGCCAAGACGGUCAAAACUUCCGCCCGAUCCGACCCUUCAUCCUCGACCCGGAAACCCACCUCUCUGUUUCCUCUCUAAACGACUACCUCUUCUUCAACUGCAGCGAGGAGGACGUAAUGAUCGCGCCGAAGCCGGUUUUCUGCGGCCGGUUCCCGGACCGGUGCGAUGCGUCGUGUGACAGUGCGAGUUAUUUGUGCACGCACGUGCCGGAGUGUGCGACGGCGUUGGGGGGAAGUUCCUGCUGCUCGUAUCAUCCGAAGGCGAUGGAUUCUUUGAAGAUGAUGCUUAAGUACUGCGCUAGCUAUACUAGCGUGUAUUGGAGGAGCGUUGAAGAUGGAGAUAAUAACGAUCAAGUUGCUGAGUAUGGGAUUCGGAUUGAUUUUGAUUUUCUUGUUACAACUACUUGUCUUCGUUGCCAAGAUGUUUUGAAGGGCGGUGGAUCGUGUGGAUUUCACGUUGAAACGCUUCAGUUCUUGUGUAUUUGUGAUGAUAACAAUAAUGUCACUACUUAUUGUCAAGAUAGAAGCAUGUCCAGUGUUAGUAAUAAGCACCGAAUAAUUGCAGGGACAGUGAGUGCGGUAUCAGCAGCCGGGGCAUUGGGAAUUGCAGCAACUAUCUUGUUUUUGAAGAAACUUAAGAAGGCCAAAGCACCCGUCACAUGUGGGGUUCAAACUAAUGAGAAUAGGCUUUUUUGAUUACCAUAUUCAAACACAUCACACACUUCUUCCCUUUCACUUUCCUCUUUAAUGCUUUUACAAAUUUGAACUUUUUAUAAUUUCAUUCAUA